UCCCCAGUGGCAGCAAGCAGCCGACUCAUGGCUGCCGUAUACUCUCCGACGCUCAGUAACAUUCACCACGGCCAGCCGUCCCGGCAACUACACGUCGUGCAGACGAGCCCGCCUCGUAGAUCCCAUAUCUCGAAAGCCCAAUUCGCUGCAGAGCUCACCCAAUGUCUUGUUGAAUUCGUCGUGCAGCUGCUUCCUACUCAGGAUGAGCUGAGCAUCAAAGAGGAUGUCAGAAAGCUGCUCGAGCGACUCAUACGCACUAUUGAGCCCGACAGUCGGUUGCUAUCUUUUGGCAGCACCGCCAAUGGAUUCAGCUUGCGUAACUCUGACAUGGAUCUUUGCUGCUUGAUAGAUUCGGAGGACCGACUACCUGCGACAGAUUUGGUCAAUAUGCUGGGGGACCUCUUUGCGCGAGAGACAAAGUUCCAUAUCAAGCCGUUACCCCAUGCGCGGAUACCAAUUGUGAAGCUCUCAUUAGACCCCCAACCUGGGUUGCCAUAUGGCAUCGCCUGUGAUAUUGGCUUCGAGAACAGGCUAGCCUUGGAAAACACAAGACUUCUCAUGUGUUAUGCUAUGAUAGAUCCCAUGCGUGUGCGCACCUUGGUCUUAUUUCUGAAAGUGUGGUGUAAGCGAAGAAAGAUUAACUCGCCCUACAAGGGCACUCUGUCAUCAUACGGCUACGUCCUACUUGUCAUAUAUUUCCUUGUGCACGUCAAGAACCCUCCUGUAUUACCAAAUCUUCAGCAAAUACCUCCUCUACGACCUAUCUCUCAGGAAGAAACUCAUAUUAAUGGAUACAAUGUUUGGUUUUUCGACGAUGUCAAUCUACUUAGACAACGCUGGCAUUCGCAAAAUACAGAGAGUGUCGCCGAGCUCCUGAUCGACUUUUUCAAAUUUUACUCGCGGGAUUUCGCCUAUAAUACUGGGGUCGCUUCCAUCCGGGCUGGUCUGUUGACCAAGGAGAGCAAAGGGUGGGACAACGACCCCGACAAGGGAACAGCAAGGGAGAGGAAUCGCCUAUGUAUAGAGGAUCCCUUCGAAACCAAUUUCAACGUGGCGCGCUGUGUCACGAGAGACGGCCUGUAUACUAUCCGAGGAGAGUUUAUGCGUGCCUCACGAAUAUUGGCAGCACGCCCUGACCGUGCAUUUGUCGCGCUGGCACAGUUGUGCGAAGAGCGGAAGGAUGAAGAGCUUCUUCACGCAUCUCCGUCCCGCCCGUCCUUCACUCCGCCCAAAUUGCCUUCAGUCCCCAAGGCUGCCCAGACUCCUUACACCAUUGGCAGCAACCCCAUGAGGCCUACGGGUGCACCCGAGCCGGACCGUCUGUCGCCCCCAGAAGUACACCAGAUACCUUCUUCUGCACCGCCUCUUCCGGCGUCAUACCCCGCGGAACGGCCGGCUCAUAUGGCUCCGAAGCGUGCGAAAUGGACUAGUCCACCGCCACCUGAGGCCCCUGAAGAGGACCAGCUGGCUUUCGAGGAAAGUCUUGGUCAAGGGCUUGACCUUGCUACUGCAUUCACCACUGCAAGGGAAAUCGACCAUGAAACUGCUUCAUCGUCGAAUAAUAGCGAGAUAUUAACCGAUGACGAAGAUCCUAGAUCGGUCACCGAUUCGGAUGAUGUUGCAUCUAUACGCUCCUUCACUGAGGGCGCACGUUAUCCCCGGCAUGCCGGAAACUCAGGACAAGUCUCACCGCAAUUCCCCGCCUACGUCGCCGACCUGUCGAGUUCUGGGGGUGGGUUGCGCUACCCUGCGUCUCCGCACGACGGCAGUGCAGACCAGCGGCUUCUCUUUCGGCUUCGGGGACGUUCAUCACAAAGGCCUAUGCAGAAUGUUUCAGAGAAUGGCGACGGCAUGCGAACACGGCCCAGACAGGAAAUAGGAUUCGUUCCACCGCCGCGGAUGGACACCGGUACUCCCAGGCGCUCCAUGUCAGGACCUGCUCGCACGCUUCAGGGCAAUCGAUACUCUAUGUCUGCACUACCCACAGUUGUUACCCCGCUCUCAGUAUACCCUUCACGAGCACAAGCAGUCACUCAACAGCCAGUACGUCAACAGCGCUCAAAUAUAUUUUACGAAACAUCCUCGCCUAUUCGAGACCGCAUGGCUAGAGCCCUAGGCUCCACAUAUGCUAUGCCGGUAGCGCGAUUACCGGCGUACGGAAGACUCGACGGUCUUCCUCAAAGCGUAGAGCCUAUCUCACCCCAGUUCGAGAAUGCGUCACCCCCCUCUACUCGUCAUCUUCGACCGUCUGGAGAUCAUCAGUUAGGUCCUACUCCGCCUUUAUCAACUACCCCAUCGCAAUCCCAUGUCUCGUCUCCUCGGAUGACCCAGUCGUCACACUCUCACUCCCUGUCUCAAUCAACCAUCGUCCCAUCUACUCCGCCUUCUGCUGUUCAUCACUUACCUGCCGCUGCCCUUAGCCGCCGCAGACCGUCUGGAUCUCCCGUCAGCUCAGGAUCUGUUGAACGCUCGGAUUACUUUCCCACAGCGGCUUCACACAUCCACGACCUGUCAUCGCGGCAUCUCCGAUCGUCAUCGCCAUUCGCUUCAGUCUCGUCGAACAGCGGGUCACCAGCCAUGUCAUACACGAGCUCGCAAGCGACGCGGUCGCGACACCUGCCGUAAACUCGGCGCCCCUCCUACGGGUCGAGAGGACCGCAUCUAGCAAGGCGAACCAGAGCUCGCUGCCACCAGUUCAGGAGCAGCCGCGCAUUGCUAUCAUCGACCUCGACCCCCGCAAUAAUUUGGUAUCUGCCACGGAAUCACUCUCGCUAGAUUCGUAGCGCUCGCAAGCCGGACUUCUUGCCGUCGUCCGUGUUCGCAGCAGUAGCACACUUUGUGUCCAAUACAGUCG